AGCCACGCACCGGUAGAUCCGAAACUAUUUCCCGCGAGAUGGAUGUUUAGCAAAACUACAAGGAAAAACUACAUUUUGCUAUUUAAGCUAGCUGCUCCUUUUCAGUCAAUACUACAUUACAAAGCUUCUAGCUGUAUUUCCAUAUAUGUACGUCGACGUUAGCUAUGUGUGCUAAAGUGUAACUGUUAGCUGUAAAGUUAUUAAGGCUCAUUAACAUUAACACACACACAUACGCUAGUACCAUGGACAGAGAGUGUGUGUCGCUGCUGCCCAGUGUGUGUGAGGUGCUGGCGGACUCAGGGAGGUCUCUGCCCGAUGACACCAGCCUGGAGAAACUGGUGGACUGGUUCACAGGGCUCACCGAGGCUGGUGUAUCUCUGCCGGAGGCCUGCCCAUGUCUGCUUGAAUUCAUAUCCACUGUGGUUCGCAACACAGCUUCAGACCCCGGUGUCCUCUCCUUCUCUCUCAGGCUCACCGGACUGAUGGCUGCCACUCAGGACGACUUCAAAAUGCUUCAGGAACACUCAAUUCUGAACCAGGUCUUCAACCUUCAGCACUGGCAGGAUGCUGGUCUCUGGGAGGAUCCAUGUUUACGAAUCGGCUGGAUCCAGGGCUUAAGGAGCAUGCUGCAGCACCCUAAGGCUCUCAGUUUUUUUGUACAAUCAGAUUUCAUUGGACCGCUCCUACAACUCCAGACAGACACCAGUCUAUUCGUCGCCUCAGCUGCCAAUCAAAUGCUCGCCCACAUCCUGCUCUUCUUUCAGCCAGUCUCCUCUGCAGGAUGUAACGGCGUAGCUAAGAAAGAAGAAGAAGAAGACAGGAGGACACAUGUCUCCAUCACAGACUCAGAAGACCCAGCCCUCUCCCUGGAAACCAGCGCAGAGUACACCACUGUUGUCACGGUAAUGUCAGAGUACCUCAAGGAGUCACUGGUUCCCCCAGAAAACACAAAGCUCCAUCGGAGUCUGCAGAUCCUCAAACUGCUGGCCCUGCUCCUGGCUCAGGCAGGGCCUCCUCUGCGGGACGAGCUGCUCCAGACAGUCGCAGACUCUCUGCAGGAACUGGUGACAGCAGGCUGCAGUCAGCUCACUCUGCCUCUGAUGGACGUCAUUCUGGCUGCAUGCAGCAGCUCAGGCACAGACCAACGCGUCGCCCGUCUUCUGUCGUCCAUGUUGAACAUUAACAAACCCGCUGACCUCAUGCACGCUGCAGCUGCUUUUCUUCGCAGAGGUCACCAUGAUGCAGUCCACACAGCCCAGGCAGUAAGAAUACUACUGCUACCCCUGGACAUUAUAACUGGUCAGACUCUACUGGGCACAAACACCACUGCAGACGAGCAUCAGUUAAUGGCGGAGCAGAUGAAGAGUAAAACCUCCUGUAUCUCUGUGACAUGUGUCUGCCUGACAAACACACCACGGAUCACACUCCUGCCUUCCAGCGUCCUCCCCUGUCCUCCACAGCUAAUUGUCACUGCAGUUUUAUCAUUGUUAAGAAUCUGCAGUGGCGUCUCUUUCUCCUCAUCCUCUGGUUUCAGUGAGGUUUGCAGGAAUGUAAUCGGCAGUGGCAAAGUUCAGAAGUGUGCCCUAGAGGCUCUGACGGCUCUCAGCAGCAGCCCAGGAGCGAAGGAGAAAGUCAGUGAGGUGUUCACAGCUCUGAUACAGUAUCUGGACAAUCCUGACUCUGACCCCACUGUACUUCACAAGUCCUACCAGGUCUUAGUAAAGUGGAUGAGUGUGUGCACAGACCUCUCCUUUAUUACAGACCAGCUCAGACAAGAUUUUGUUGAGGUAGUGAGGAAGCGUGUGUGUGACAUGCGUUGGGAGGUGAGAGACUCAACGGUGGAGUUUCUGGGUCACCUGGCAGGUGUGCCGGUUCCCCCGAAAUCAGCCAAGGAGGAGGAGGAGGUGUGUGACGUGUCUGACGCUCUGCUGGGCAGCUGCUGUACCACUCCUCUACUGAGGGAGGCACUCCAGGAUACAGAGAGUUAUGUGAGAGCCAGCGCCAUCUCUGCACUGGCAAAGACACUGAGACACAGCUGGCAGCAGGGGGCAGCACUCACUCAGGAGGAGACUGAAAUCGUGGGUCGGCUGCUUGAGAUCCUCUCCCAGGACACAGAGGGAUUCCCCAGGAGGGCCGUUGUGCAAUACUUCAUCACCUGGUUCUCUGCCCACGCCUCACACUCGGCUCCAUCGUCGCCAUCCUCCGCCUCUCUCCUGAUGCAGUGUGUGCGCUCCAUCCUCUCACAAGGGAGCGCCGAUCUGGACUGGGAGGUCAAAGUUCACACCCUGGAACUGGCCGAGCUGCUGCUGGACAAAGCCUUUUCAGGUCACCGGGGUUACAGGAAUGGCUCAGACGUAAAUCGUGCCCCGCCGCACCCCUAUGGUGUGAUUUCUGAGCAGACUUACACACUUCACUCUCACACUGGUACACACACGGAGGGAGUGGAAUCAGAUUUGGCCAGUGUGGUCGAGCAGGGAGUCGUCUCAGCGUUGUUGAGCGGUCUGGUUGACUGUGAUAGACCUGUUGCUCUGAAGGCCUGCCGACUGUUGAUAAUACUCAGAGACACAGUCUGCCCUCUGUCGCUAGGGGCCCUGGAUGCAACUGCUGCCAUGGCAACAGUGUCCUGUGAGCUGCCUGGCUGGGGCUGGGGGCACGAGAUCAGACGGAUACUGGGGAUGAAGGAAAGCGAUCGGGCCACAGAGGCGGACACCGCAGCACAGAGUUGUUUCAAUGGAGCAGAUGAGGGAGGUGACGGUUUGACUGUGAGUGUGUGUGAGACGUUGAGGUCUCUGGGUUUAGACAAGAGGCUGGACGUCCUGACUCAAAGCAGCGACCACAUCCAUAACUCCCCCCUGUCUCUGCUGCAGGACAUACUGACUGCGAGUGCUGCUCACACACAUCCAGACACACAGCAGGGGCAAGAGGUCAUAGUGGACUGUUACUGACGCACAUGCAUACACAUGCUGCCUUAUGGUGGUUUGAUAUCAGUAAUUAACAACACACUCUUAACUCAGGGUGCCUUUGCCUCCAUGAUUUUGUGAUAUUUUGGGUAAUCUAGCAAAUAAAAGAAUCAUCCUUAUUUUUACUGUUUUAUACCUGUGUACUGUCUCCAUAUCGAUAUAGAUCUCAGGCUCAGCAAUUUCUAUAUGUCAGCAAUUUCACAUAAAAAAUUUGGAUGAACACUAUAUUGACCUUUUAUUGACCAUCAAUUAAUGAGCCAUCUGGUUGUGAAAUUUCUUAACAUUUAAUAUUAUACUUCCAUUAAAUACUGUGCAAGAAGC